AUGAGUUUCCAAACACAUCACAGAGGUACAAAAUAUCAUCUGGGUGGAUCAUCAUCGCCUUCUUCACCAUCAACACAUUCUCCAAAUAGUGGAUCCCUUUUCACUGCAAAUAUUACAACUCCAAAUUCUUCAUCUCCAAUUGUAUUUAAUUCAUCAUAUAGUGCAGAUUCAUUGGAAGAGGGUAGACAUGAAUUUUCCAAUAACAUCAACUCAGCAUCCUCAACCUCCAAUCCUACAACAACAACAUCAUCUAAAAACUAUACGUAUACCAAUCCUAAACUUCCUAAGAAUCAGCAACAACAAAAACGUUUUCUAGUCAAUAUUUUAAUAUGUUUAGCCAUUGUGAUUGUUACAUUUGUUUUGGGUUAUCUUGUCUACAGUAAAUUAUUUAAUAGCAAUAAUGGCGCCAAAUUGAAAGGCUACGGAAGAGAAAACAAUGACCCAACCCGAUACACCAACAAUAAUGAUCAGGCUUUAGAGAGGGUUCGUUCAAGGGAGAAUAAGAGUAAAAAUCUCAAGUACACUUCCGAAGAUGAUGAGCAGAAUGAAACCUAUGAUAGUAAGAGAGCAGAACAGAGAAGAACACCACGUAGAGGAUCUAAGGAGGAGAAUGAUGUUAUCAGAGAAGGUGAAUCAAAGACAACUAUUGUACAUGAGGAUUAUACUACCUAUUCAUCACCAACUGAAAAGUUUAUGUGGCGUGGUAUGUUUGGUGAGAGAAUGGUUACUCUCUCCGAUUGUCCUGUUCCAUUCAGAAGUAAGAAUGGGAAAUUACUCAAGAAGGUUGCAAAUACUAUUUACACCUAUUUAACUCAACCGAUUGGAUCUGAAAAUUAUGAAGAAGUGAUUAAUGCUGAAAAAAUUACUGAAAGUGAAAAUUUGCAAAUUGACUGGGCAUCUACUUUAAUUAGUACUGCUCCAGAUUGUACUUCUAGUGCUCUCUUAAAUAAGAGAAGUGAUAGUGAAUUUCUCAUAUUUUGUGAAAAUGCAAAAUCCGAACCAUUCUUAGCUCUUAGUCGUGAUUCAAAUGGUGAUGGAACUGCCACUUCACCAAGUGCCUUUGUUAACAUUAAGGAAAAGAAAUUGGAUUCUUUAACAUUUGAACCAACCAAGAAGGUAAUCAAAUUAUCCAAGGAUCAAAUUAAGGAUACUGAAAUUAUUGUUGCCAAAUGCAGCAAGGGUUCCGAUAAAGCAAAGAAGACUUCAAGAGAUAUUGUAACUCGUGUUGCUUUCAAUCCUGAGCUUAAGAAAGCUGCAGAAGAAACCUAUACUAAACGUGUUAAAAAAUUGGAAGAAACUGACAAGACUUUGAAGGAUCAAUCUAAGAAACCAAAACAUGAAUAUCAUCAAUUUGCUGCCAAUAUUGAAUAUGAAUACGAAAUGAUGCACCCAGUUAAUAUUUUGAAUAUUAUUCUUGAUGGAACCUCUAGAAGUAAUUUCAUUAGAGAACUCCCAAGAACUGUUAAUGUUCUUGAAGAAAUUGAAUUGGACCAAAAACGAACCAUGUUUAAAAAACCAAGCAAGCAUAGAGUUUUCCAAUUUUUCAGAUACAAUACUGUUGGACAUAGUUCAAGAGAAAACAUUUUCGCACUCGAAAAUGGCUUAAAGAUUUCUCCUGCCUUUAUGAAGAAUUACUUUGAAGAAACAUCUGGAAACUUUGAAAAGGAUGAACCAGCAAGACAACAAAAACUCUUGACUGAAACCUUAAUUGGAGCCAAAGAAGGGGAUUCAAGCAAGUUAAUUACUCACAACAUUUGGAAUAUUGCCAAACAAUUGGGUUACGUUACAAUGUUCACAUCAAGUGAAUGUCCUUACAUCAAGGUUAAGGAUCCAAAUAAGAAGAAACUCAUGGACACAUCUUCACAUCUCUUCAAUGCUUGGCAUCGUGCUGAUCACAACUUGCUCUCAUUAGCUUGUGAAAAGCAUUUAUUCAAGUCUUCAAAUAACAGAAAAUGUUUAGGAUCAAAGGACUUGUUCGAGCACAUGUUCGACUACACUACAGACUUCUUUGCAAAGUAUCCUGGAACUGCCCGUUUUGCCACUAUUCACUUUGAAGAGUCAAAACAUAUUAGAAGUCGUACAUUAAUGAAUGCUCUUGAUAUUUCAUUGGCUAGAUUCAUUGUUGAUAUUACCAAAGAACAUCCACACACUCUGAUUGUACUUUCCAGUGGUAAUGGUAUUUCACAUGGACCAUUCUAUGUUACUGAUGUAGGCCAAAAGGAACACCAACUUCCUCUUUUGAAUUUAGUUGUUCCAGAACAUUUACAAUUGAGACAUAAGGAUAUUUUCACUAAUUUGGCUCGUAAUCAACAACAAUUAGUGACACCAUUCGAUCUCUAUGCCUCACUUGCUCAUUUUAUGCUCUUCCCUCAAGUUGAGCUUCCAGCUCACUAUAGUUUGAUUCAUCAUGUGAGUACUGAACAAGAAGAAAAGGAAGAGAAGGAUGAGUAUGAAGCCCUUGCUAAAUCUAUCUUACAGCCAAUCCACAAUCCAAGAUUCUGUAAACAUGCUGGAGUUGAUCCAAGAUGGUGUUCUUGUAACAAGUAUGAAACGCUUGAUUUCAAUACUCAACCAUACUCUGCUAUUGUUUCUACGAUUGUGAAAUCUGCUGUAUCCUAUGUCAACAAGAUUGUAAAACCACAUAAGGAAACUUGUCUUCCAAUUGAAUCCAAAUCUGUCCUCAAAGCUAGCAGAAUUACCUUACAAUUACCUGAGGAAUCAGAGGGAAGAACAGUAAGCGCCUACACUUCUGUUUUGUUUACUACUCAAACAGAUGACGUUUUUGAAGCAGAUUAUUCAAUGACAUCAGAAAGAACACUGGACAAAUUAAUUGCUGUUCGUCGUGUUUCUCUCGUUGAACAUCAUGAUGAAUCAGUCAGAAAUAGAGAAACUGUAAUUUGCGAUAAGGUUAAAGGAUUUGAAACCAAUCCAGAUCUCUGUAUUUGCAGACAAGACUAA